AUGCCGAAGCAGAUUCAUGAGAUUAAAGACUUCCUCCUCACUGCGAGGAGGAAGGAUGCACGUUCUGUGAAAAUCAAGAGGAGCAAAGAUGUGGUGAAGUUCAAGGUUCGUUGCUCCAAGUACCUGUACACCCUCUGUGUGUUUGACUCUGAGAAGGCUGAUAAGUUGAAACAAUCACUUCCUCCAGUGACUCAACUCGAUGACGACAUUCCCAAUCCGACGCCACCAAUCACCAAACAAAUUUAUUAUCCAUAA